UUAAUCAUCACACCAGGGGCAGACUGACAAAUCAUGGGUCCCCUGGGCAAUAGGGGAUCAUGGGGCCCCUGUGUCCUCGCCCACACUCAAACCACACCCAAAAAAGCUUAUGAAAGGUACCAGGGGCAUCUCAUGGGGCCCCCUACUGACCCCGGGCCCUCAGGCAGUGCCCGAGUUUCCAAAUGGUCAGUCCGCCCCUGCUAUCAGCAGCUGAAUGAAGCAGUGGACAAGUAUAUGUGUUGGAGUAGUUGGUUUGCAUUGGACUUUAUUAACAAAGCAUAGAUUCACUUAAAAUGUAGGUUUGGUUAAAAACAAAUGUGCAAACUAUCUCGCGCUACC